ACCACCUAUGCCCGCAGAACAAAGGCCAAGGCCAAACAAAAGGGUCGCCAACAGCUCAGGUCAAAGUGGGAAUCCAAAGCACCCCACGGCAAAUACCCACAGCGGGUGACACAAGCUUACGUGGACCAAGACAAGACCCACAGAUGGCUAAAAGCAGCUGGCCUCAAGGCAGAGGCCGAGGGUUUUCUCAUCGCAGCCCAAGAUCAAAGCCUCCCAACACGCUGGUACCAACACAAUAAUAAUAAUAAUAAUAAUAAUAAUAAUAAUAAUAAUAAUAAUAAUAAUAAUAAUAAUAAUAAUAAUAAAAGAAUCUUUAUUACAAAACCUCAAUUAAAAUCCUAUUUACAAUCAACCUGCUGUUACAAAAAAAUCUAAUUAAUUCAUCAAAAACACUAUCUACAAUUCCAUAAUAUAAUAUAUAAUAAUAAUAAUAAUAAUAAUAAUAAUAAUAAUAAUAAUAAAGCCUUUAUUUAAAGAGGGUAGCACUUAAUAGCGAAAGGCUAAUAAACUUGUGGCCCUCAUAAAAUACACAACUAUUUACAAUCUAAUAAAUAUAGUAAGCUAAAAUAUAUAAACAAUUAAAAUAAAACAGGAUUCGAAUUUUAUAAAAAUAAAAAAAUUAUCAAAUGAUAAAAUGAUGCAAACAUUGUUGUUCCUUAAAAAUCUUGGCAAACAAGUUCUUUUUAAAACAUGCUACAGAAUCUAGUUUCCUAAUUUCAAUUGGUGUACUAUUCCACAGUCUUGUUGCCGAAACAGCGAAAGAGCGUCCUCCCUCUGUUUCUCUUCUAUAUUUAGGACAAACAGCAUUAAUGCUUGAAUAUCUAGUGUUGCGGGAGUGCCGCUUAUUAUUCAAAAUUAAGUGUUCAUUUAGAUAAUUCGGCAAAUACCCAUUAAUUCGCUUAUACACUAUUAUGCAUUUAUCUAUCUUAUGUUGCUCAUAAAACGGAAUCCAACCUAGCUUGUUAAACAAAGCAACUGAUGGUGUCAUGCGAUCGGCAUAAGAAAUAACGCGUGUCGCACGUUUUUGCAAUCUUAAGACCCUAUAAACCGACUCUUUAUCACAAUUUGCCCAAACAACGUUAGCGUAAGACAUAACAGGGCGAAUAAUGCUAUUAUAAAACUGAAGUCGCUGUUUAAGAGGUAGACAGGCUCGAAUUUUACGCAGUAUUGCGAUUCUAGAGGCCAACUUUUUACAUACUUUAAACCUCAAAAAACCUGACGUGGACCCAAAAUGUUGACCCUGUGGCCGUUUCGAUGGGACCAUCGACCACCUGGUCUCUGGUUUCCCUGAAAUUGCCUGAACUGAAUACGCCCACUGCCACAACAAGACAGCUGCACACAUGCACUGGAAGAUGUGCAAAGAGUUUGGCAUUGAGGUGAAGGAAAGAUGGUAUGAGAAUGAACCCAGGACUGUCACAGAGAAGAACAGCGUCACCAUUCUGUGGGACAUGCCCAUCCACACUGACAGGACCAUCACAGCUAAUAGGCCGGACAUUGUGCUAAAGAACAAGAAGGACAAAACCUGCCUUCUGGUUGACAAGACUAUACCCCUCGAC